AUGGAUCUUAAUUGUCCUUUUAAAAUCCUAAUCGAGUAUGUAGUAGAUAAAGAAGUAAGUGUUUCUACAAGUGACUGGAUAGCACUCUUUCCUUUCGGGUGCAGUUUGUCGAGUUCCAUAAAUCUUGAUUUGAUGACCACUUUUGAAUUCGCAUCCUGUGUUCCUACAAGCACAUCCGAAAGGUGUUUCAGAAUCCUGUUUAGUUUAAAAGGGGCGAAAAACUUAAAUUAUGGCAAUAAGUAUAAUUUUGUUUACAUAAGUAGACACACUGAAGUUUAUGGCAUAAGUAAAGCCUUUGAAUUCUGCCCCCCUAUGAAAAUAAUCCCCGAAAGAAAUAACAUCAGCGAAGAGAGUGAUGACUCAAGUAAGGAAAACUUUGAUAACAACACUAGGCCUAAAUCAAAUGUAAAAUUAAACAUACCAAAACGUCCAACGCUGAAAUCUGUAAACGAAGAAACUGAAAACGUCUCUCAAAACUCGAACCGUAGCGACUCUAGGCCCAAUCAAAGCGGCAAUAGGUUCAUUGAAACAUUUAAUAAAAACAAACAGAUUUUCGUUCAGAAAGAAAUGGAGUCUGAAAGUAAUAAACUUAAUGGCAUUCAACAUCCACCACCUCCAAUAUCGUGUUCCAACUGUCAUCGCGUGGCGAGUUUGCUGAAAGUCCAAGAGGAACUUUACCUGAAAGUUAAAUACCUUGCAGAAGUGAAUAAGGAUCUUCAGGAUAAAAUUAGCCUUCUACAACAACAGCUGGAACUGAAACAGGCGGCAUGCCGAAAACUAUCUUUAACAUUAACAAGAGAUUGGCAAGCCAGGAUGUUCAGCCAGAACAACGUAGCCUUCGAUUCGUCCCAACAGUAUCAAAUCAUGGUACUAGAGCCAUUAGUCACAUAUGUGGUGCCUUCAAGAUACCCUUAUCUGGACAGACCUUGUGAAAAGGGAACUAAAUCUGGAUACUCGAUAAGACUCAAAGCGAUAAUUGGCAACCAGGAGAAGAAGAUUCUAAGAUUAACUAAGGAAAUUGAAGAGCUUAAGUUGAAAGACACUGAAAGAUACGUGGUUGUUAGAGAAGUCAAUGAAGAUGAGAUUCACCCAGAGUUACCUGCACCUCAAUCAACAAAUACGAAAAUUGGAAAGGUUGAAGUUAAAGAAGAAGCAUCGGAGUCUGAUGGCGUAACGGAGUGA